CUCACACACAACUCCAGAUUCCGACGCAGAUCUCCGGCAACCCUCUUGUACCCCCCCAUGAGACUGAACCGCCAGCCUAAAUUACAUUCUCCCCGAGCUGGGCCAGUGGCAUAAAAUUUAGGCUAAACUAAUAAGCUAUGAUGAGGGCUUGCAUCAACAAAAAGCGACAUUCAGGAGAGAGAGGGAGACUUCAUGAUAGAAUUGAUGGCCAACCAAGACCCAGAACAAUUAGCACGUCUUGCUUCCUCUCUUCUCCCCUCCUCACCUUCUUCUAUUCAGCCAGUGCACACGAGCUGGGACUUUUUACCCUCUCUCAUUGAUAAGUCUCGUAUCCACUCAUAAUCUGCUUUCCCAUCUCUACUCUAUCUUUUUCGCAGUUUGUCAGAAAAAUGUCUUCAAAGAACCCCUCCUUUGUGUUGAGGUCCAUCAAAGACGUUACCUUUGAGGAUCGCCCGGUGCCAAAGAUUCAAAACCCAACUGACGUACUCAUCCGCGUGAACGUUACUGGGAUCUGCGGUUCGGAUGUCCACUACUGGCAACACGGCCACAUCGGCGACUUCAUUGUCGAAGCCCCCAUGGUGCUCGGCCACGAAUCCGCCGGCACGGUGGUAGAAACAGGACCCAAAGUAACCUCACUAAAGCCCAAUGACCGUGUAGCCCUCGAGCCCGGCGUCCCCUGCCGCUCCUGCCCCUUUUGCAAGGCGGGGAAGUACAACCUCUGCAAAGACAUGAAAUUCGCUGCGACACCGCCAUACGAUGGGACGUUGGCAAAGUACUACAUCCUCCCGGAGGACUUCUGCGUGAAGCUUCCGGAGUGUGUAAGUCUCGACGAGGGCGCGCUCGUGGAGCCACUAGCUGUAGGGGUGCACGUGGUCCGGCAAGCGGACAUCAGGCCGGGCAACUCGGUAAUCGUGUUUGGCGCGGGACCGGUAGGACUGCUAUGCUGCAGUGUCGCCAAGGCAUUUGGCGCAACGAAGGUCAUAGUGGUGGACAUCGUCGACUCGAGGUUGGAAUUUGCGGAGAGGUACGCUGCAACGGGAACGUUCAACGCGAUGCACUCCGAGGACCCCAACGUCAACGCCGCUGAGAUGAUCAAGCGCUUUGAUCUUGUGUUUGGGGCCGACGUCGCUAUCGACGCUAGCGGCGCUACCCCCAGCAUAAACACGUGCGUGCACAUCCUCCGCACCGGGGGAACUUUCGUGCAGGUUGGUAUGGGCGCCGCUGAGAUCGCUUUCCCCAUCUUGAAGCUCUGUGCCAAGGAGAUUACCCUGAAGGGUAGCUUCAGGUACGGUCCCGGCGACUAUAGACUCGCUGUGGAAUUGAUUGCUAGUGGAAAGGUCUCGGUGAAGGACCUGAUCACGGGGAGGGUCAAAUUUGAAGACGCCGAAAGGGCUUUCGAGCAAGUGCGCAAUGGGCAGGGUAUCAAAACAUUGAUUGGCGGACCCUUAGAUUAAAUUCCCUUUUAAAAAAUUUCUCCAUUAUACUCCCCCUAGUAGCCAUCAUUAUUUAUUUCC